AAUGUCAAAACGCAGCAAACUUCAUUGAGUUCUUUCUUUCGGAAAAUUUUGAGAUGUCGAAUAUUAAGAGGAAGAAGACGAGAAAAUUGCGCGGUCAUGUAAGUCACGGGCAUGGUCGUAUUGGUAAACAUCGUAAACAUCCGGGUGGCCGUGGUAAUGCUGGUGGUAUGCAUCAUCAUCGCAUUAAUUUCGACAAAUAUCAUCCCGGAUACUUUGGCAAAGUCGGUAUGAGAAAUUUUCAUUUGCGACGUCAACAUAAAUUCUGUCCCACAAUUAAUUUGGACAAAUUAUGGUCUCUCGUUGGCCUCGAGAAAGUGGAGGAACUAAUGAAGGAGAAAGAACCGAAGGCUCCCGUUAUUGACUUGGUGAAGUUUGGAUACUACAAACUAUUAGGUAGUGGAAAUCUGCCUAAAUUACCACUUAUUGUUAAGGCCAAAUACUUCUCCAAAAAAGCCGAAAAUAGAAUCAAAGCCGUUGGUGGCGCUUGUUUACUGGUUGCGUAAGGUAUAUACGAAUCCAAUGAAGCUAAAUAAAGUUAAUUGAAGGUUGUGGUAGACCUGAAGCAAACUGUGACGAUUUAUCUAGCACGUCAGACAAUUUCUGAGUGAUUUCUAGUUUAUUUAACCAUAACUGAACCGAGUUUUGUUUUUUGUUACUUUUAGUAUAAUGUCAAUUGUAAUACGAGACGAAUAAACUUACUUUUUUUCAA